GCUAUAUGAAUAUAAACCCUAAAACCUUCAAAUCCACUGCAUCACCACCUGUUCCCCUCUGCUCUGAUUCGGCGACGAUGAGGCCCUUGGACGAGAAAGAGACCACCGCCGUGUUUGAGAAGCUCCACAAAUUCACCGGUAACAACCUCAAGAACAUUGUCGAGAACCCCUCUCACGAAGGGCCCGGGCCAAAUCCCGGCCGCUACUGCUUUCGCCUUCAUAAGAACAAGGUAUAUUACGUCAGUGACUCCCUUGUUAAGCGAGCUACCAACGUAGCCCGCAGCAACCUUGUCGCUCUCGGCACCUGCAUCGGAAAGUUCACUCAUGGCGGCAGUUUUCAUCUCACUGUUCACUCGCUAGGGCUAUUGUCUUCCAAUGCUAAGCACAAGGUUUGGCUUAAACCAACUUCUGAGAUGUCUUUUUUGUAUGGGAACCAUGUUUUGAAAGGCGGAUUAGGGCGGAUUACUGAAAAUAUUGCUCCCGGUGAUGGGGUUGUUGUGUAUUCUAUGUCGGAUGUGCCAUUGGGAUUUGGAAUUGCGGCGAAGUCCACGCAGGACUGUAGGAAGUUGGACCCGAAUGGGAUUGUGGUUCUCCAUCAGUCGGAUAUUGGAGAGUAUUUAAGGAUGGAGGAUGAGCUUUAAAGAAACAAGAUGAAGAUGAGUUGAGUUUAUUGGGUAUCGGCUUCCUGGUCCAGUUUGGUUCUUCAUAAGAAGAAAGUUACUAAACUUGUUUCUGCUCUGUUUUCUACGUGUUAAAGACGAACUGCUUACACUGUAGAAGUCUGGCUGAGAUGAGUGCAGGUUAUAUAGAUUUAUCUGAGCUGACUUGGUUUCCAUUCUAGAUCAGCGUUCCAGUAGCAGAUGGCUAGAAUGUGGCCGGAGAUGACAGUGACUAUAUUUGAGUGGAGACGAGCUGCGUGACAACCGUGUCGAGCAAGAUGGCUGGCUAAGGAGGAGCAACAAAGGGAGAGGAAGGUCACCUCAUCAAAAAACUGGUACUAAGUUAUUUAAAUUUGCCAUUUGCUAGUUGUACUUACUAAUAGGAGGUUAGAGACAAUUCUUCCAUUACCAAAUUUAAACUUUCAGACCAAAAAUGUAUUUUUGGCUAACUGUUAGCAACUUGGUGGAGGCCUAAUUUGAUGCAAUUAAAAUAUAUCAGAAACUUCUUUAUUGA